AUGGAACUGAGCCCGGACCAAACCCGAUUCUUGAUCAGGCAGAUGGAAAUCCACUAUUGCCUGUGGAACCCGUUUCAUGGAGUCCCGUUAGCGGAAGAGGACAGUCUUUGGGAGCAUGUGACGAACCUCAUGAACGAGCAGUUCGGGAGUAAUAUUAGAGGUUUAUUUUACCAGAUUCAGAGGGGGGGCCGUAGCGCAAGAGGUUGUGUGCCUGUCUAAAGAGUCACAAGUUCCAUCCAACCACCUCGACCCAACCAAGGGGUUUAAGAAACGUUGGUAGUGUGAAACCACGACUUCAUAAUCCGCAGCCGUCACGCACCAGGACGGAUAUGUCACUGGAAUGUUUAAAUAGACAAAAUAUUGUAGUCAGGAUUAAUUCUGCUUUGACACCUAUUUUUAAAAACCUUUGUAAAGCAACGUUUAUUUGUUAUUUGUUGCAGUGGAAGAUCUCAGAAAUUUCUGGGACGACUUCAGGACCAGUUACAUUGAAUGGCAGCUGAAUCCAGAUCAAUCGAGCACCCCAUUCCCAUAUGCAACAGAGAUGCAAUUCUAUGUGAUUGAGACAAUGUGAGUUUUGAAAAAUCUUGAUUUUUUGCAAAAUUCUUGGUUUUCAGAGUUAUUACCACUAUCAAUUUCACUAUUGACCGUGUUACGACCGUUGACAAUAAAGUCUAUAUCUUCGGAUCUUCCCGAAAUCAAAAUCAACAGCAAUGA